AUGCGGAGUAAAGUUCGAUACCAGCUUCUGGAUCCAUCUGCUGCUCCAAAAUCAUGCCGAUUUCUUUGGUUAUUCCUAUUCCUCGUGGCUUGUUGCAUCGCUUAUUUUCUAGUUUUUUCAACAUCAACCAAAGGAAUUUUCAAUCCACUGAAACCCGAUGAACGAAACCCAAUGACAUACGAACAAGUUAUGAAAGAUUUAAGGAAUGAAAUUGAUCAAAGAAAUGUUAUGAUCAGCGAAUUAAAGAAAGAUUUUGAAAAGUUGGAAUUUAAAAGUGAACUGUCCUACCUCGAUUCGGUAUCGGGAAAAAAUCGAGUGAAAAUAGUAGAAAACGAUAAUUUGGACAUGUCUUGUGCAGCUAUUAUGAACAGAAUUCUACCAACUGGAUCAGUUUUGAAACCAUUGAAACACGGAGUUGCUUUCGCAAGGAUAGUUUAUGCAGAUUAUGAAAUGAUUGAGAAACAAGUUCAAAUGUCAUACCACUCACAGAAUACUUUCUGUUUUGCAAUUGAUAGAAAGGCUCCCGCAAAGUUUCACGAAAGAUUACGAGCUAUGGCUGCCUGUCUCCCGAAUGUUUUGCUUCUUCCCGAUGAAGAAUCAGUCGAUUCAUCUGGCCAUAAUAUCAACUUGGCUCAUUACAAUUGCAUGCGUGCUCUUAUUAAUAAACCCGGAUGGAAUUAUGUGAUUUUACUUCAAAAUCAUGACGUCAUCGUCAAAUCUGUUUAUGAAAUGGAACAGAUUUAUGAGUGGUUAGGUGGAGCAAAUGAUAUUGAGAUUACUCCAGAAGCAGGAAGACUUGAUAAAAACUUCAAAUGGGAUCCGAAAUCAUUGAAGAUGUUCAGAAAUGAAACUGGAAUAAAUCCGACUGUAUUGAAUUCAAAAAUGAAAUUUGCAAAAGGAGCAGCACAAGGAUCUUUAUCAAGAGGAGCAGUUGAUUGGAUGGUUCGAACAACCGAUUUGACAACUUAUAUUGCGCAAUGGAACAAAGGAGGAUUCGGAGUUGAUGAGCAGUUUAUUCAAAGUUUCCAAGUGAGUGCUGACCUCGGAAUGCCUGGUCACUUCACAGAUGGAUGUUUGAAACAAGGAAAGAAUACGGAUUUCGUAUCGAGAAUGUCUCAAUGGAAAUAUGGAGGUGCUGAUACAUGUGGGUCGAAAACAAUUCGACAUGCUAUAUGUCUUUUGGGAAUUGAAGAUUUCCGAACUGUCGCAGCGUACCCAAAUUUGAUGUUCAAUAAGAUGAUUCCAUCAUUUGACUACUCAAUUGUUGAAUGUACUGCUGAAUUAUUAUUCAAUAGAACAUUUUUAGGACAAGAAGAUCAUAAGCUAGAAGAAGAUUACUAUACGAAAAUGGUGAAUGUACUCUAUCAUAAAAAUCAUUUGGAUCCUAACUUCAAACUGGAAUGCAAACCGACGUAUAAAAGAUGGGCUGAACGACAGUAUCCUUUAUAA